AUGGCACUCGCCGCACCCUCACAACGAAACAAUGCCUCGCAAUCACUCUACAUUCAGAAUCUGCCCGAGAAGUUGCAGAAACACGACCUCAAACGCAACCUCUACAUGCUCUUCUCCACAUAUGGUCCCGUGCUCGACAUCACCGCUGUCAAGUCCGCCAAAAUGCGAGGCCAAGCACAUGUCUUGUUUCGUGAUGUUCAAAGCGCGCAAUUGGCGUUGAGGAGCUGCAAUGGGUUCGAGUUCUUUGGCAGGGAAAUGAGGAUAUCAUACGCGAAGUCUCGCUCUCAUACACUGGCGAAACUGACGGGCACCUUUGUUGAUCCCAGCACGGCCAAGAAGGCUGCAGAGAAGGAGAAGGAGAGAGAAGGGGAGACUUCAUUCCCUGCGCCGCCGGGUCUGCCUGCACCACCUGGAUUCGGCUCUAGUGGACUUCCACCACCGCCGGGACUACCGAUGAAGCCGGGCAUGGCGAACGGAGGUUUACAGCCCGCAAGCGCUGGAGCGGAGAAUGCGCCUAGUCCGGCAGGAACGAAGAGGCGGAGGGAGGAAGACGACGAAGAAGGGAGCGAUGCGCCGAUGGAGGAAGAAGAUAGUGAUGCACCGAUGGAGGAGGAUAGUGAUUGA